AUGACAAUGACAACUUGUUUGACAUGGAUGCAAGAAAAAAAGCUGCAAAAUUAUUUUGGAGAAAAGCAGUUUAGCCUUCUCUAUAAGGCCAGUGUCCAUGAAUUCUCUAGUGAAAGUUUGCUUCAGAGAUGCUCUAAACAAGGACCUACUAUAACAGUGAUUUAUAGUGAAGAUCACAUUGUUGGGGCAUAUGUGCAAAAGAGCUACCCGGAAGACUAUUUCAUUAUCCUUUUUGCCUUUCAAGAGACUACAAUUUCAGAAUGCAAGAUAGGGCCAUUUCAACUAUCUAUGUUGCUUUGUGAAAGUGAUAGAAAUUCUGAAUUCAAUAUAAACCUAGAGAAAAAAGAGGUGGCUAUUAGCAUAAAUACAAUGGACAAACUUGGACUACCUCAAUGUUGUAUUUCCUUCCAGGAAUGUGAAGUUUUUCGAUGUGAAAAUUUAUUGGACAAAAGGAGGAUGGAUGGGAUCACUGAGCUCAAGGAGAGCUUAUUGUCUGCUAUAAGAACUUAUGAACCAUAUGGAGGCCUGGUUCACCAAAUACGAAUUCUGCUUUUGGGUCCAAUUGGAGCCGGGAAGUCUAGCUUUUUCAACUCAGUGAAGUCUGUUUUCUGAGGCCAUGUAACAAACCAGGCUUUGGUGGGGUCUAAGACAACUGGGGUAUCUGAAAAGAUGAGUCUAUUCUAGUACAGAACAUAUUUCAUUAAGGAUGGGAAGAAUGGCAACACCCUGCCAUUUAUUCUGUGUGACUCAAUGGGGCUGAGUGAGAAAGAAGAAGGGCUGUGCAUGGAUGACAUACCCUAUAUCUUAGAAGGCUGCAUUCCUGACAGAUACCAGAUGUUCAUGCUAAGCACUGUCGGUGUUCCAGGUGUGGUCCAUGUGGUGUUGCUCACUCAUGUGGAUAACUUGGAUCUGAUUACAAAAGGUGACCUUAUAGACAUAUACAGAUGUGUGCCUGUGAAACUCAAACUAGAGGUAGUUCACAGAGAACUUGGAUUUGCUCUUUCUGACAUCUUUGUGGUUAGUAAUUAUACCUCAGAGUGGGAGCUGGAGACUGUCAUGGACGUUCUGAACUUCUCUGCAUUGAGACAGAUGCUGUGGGCUGCAGUUGACUUCUUAGAGGAUUUGCCUCUUGAGGAAACAAGAUCCAUACAAAGUGCCACUAGUGAGGCUGGAAGUGCUCCCAAGAAGCAGAGAAAAGUCAUGAUAUUACAAGAAAAAUUUGAAUGGCUGGAAAAUGUUGUGAAAGCCAUCAAGCCCAAAACAAUAAAUUCCUGCUGGAGAAAACUCUGUCCAGAUGUUGUGCAUGACUUCACAGGAUUUAUGACAGAACCAGUCAUGGAAAUCCUGAAAGAGAUUGUGGCUAUGACAAAAAAGGUGGGAAGUAAAGGGUUUCAAAAUAUGGAUCUUGGAGAAAUUCAAGAGCUAAUAGACACCACACCAGAGGAAUUAACAGAAGAUGACUGA